UCGUUGUUAGAUCAAAAUCAAACUAAUUAAAUUUCCAAUGAGUGAAUGCUAUAAAAUAUUGAAGCAUAGGAUCCUAUUUUAUGUUUAACAUGUUGUACUUCUUAUCUCAGCCACUAAUGUAUGGUCACCAUUCCAUUUGUUGGCAAGGCAUUUGUCCUAUAUAUAUUACCAACAGCAAACAAAUGAAUUGAAAAACAAAGAUGAUAUCUUCAACCAUGCAACAACACUUCUCAUGCACACUCCUCCUCCUCCUAAUCCUAACAACACAUCACUUCAUACCUUCCCUCUCAGAAAAAUGUAACCCACACGACAAAAACGCCCUUCUCCAAAUCAAAAAAGAACUCGGCAACCCAACCAAACUCUCCUCAUGGAACCCAACCACCGACUGCUGCAACGGCAAAUGGCUCGGUGUCGCAUGCGACACCGACACACAAACCUACCGCGUAACCAACCUUGACCUCGACGAACUCGACCUUCUUAAACCGCUUCCGACUCCACCCUCCAUUCCCAACCUCCCGUUCCUCUCUUUCCUCACUCUCUCCCGUACCCCGAACCUCUCCGGCCCUAUCCCUCCCUCCCUCGCCAACCUCACCAAACUCCAGUAUCUCUACAUCAUGCAAACCGGCAUCUCCGGCGAGAUACCCAACACUCUCUCACAGAUCAAAACCCUCUUAACCAUCGACUUAACCAACAACAAACUCACCGGUCCUCUCCCCGCCUCACUCUCCUCUCUCCCUAAACUCAUCGGAAUCUCCUUCGACGGCAACCAACUCACAGGUACAAUUCCAGAAUCAUACGGCUCGUUCCCGAAGUCAUUCACAGUGCUAACUCUCUCAAAAAACCGCCUCUCGGGAAAAAUCCCAGCAUCUCUGGCGAAACUGAACCUUGCGUUUGUUGACUUGGAACGGAACGCUUUGGAGGGUGAUGCUUCUGUGUUUUUUGGGUCGAAGAAAAGCACUCAGAAGAUAUUGCUGGGAAAGAACUCUUUAGCUUUUGAUAUUGGGAAAGUUGGGUUGUCGAAGGAUUUGAAUGCGUUGGAUUUGAGGAACAAUAAAAUCUAUGGUACGCUACCUGUGGGACUAACGAAGCUGAAGUUUUUGAGCAAGUUCAAUGUGAGUAACAAUAAUUUAUGUGGAAAGAUUCCACAAGGUGGAAAGUUGCAGAGGUUUGAUGAAUCUUCUUAUGCUCAUAAUCAAUGCUUGUGUGGAUCUCCUCUUGGAGGUUGCAAAGCUUGAGGAGAAGAAUAUCACUGAACUAUUGCAGUUUUAAUAAAAUAGAUGAGAGUGUAGGUUUAAAUUUAAAGCCACAUAUUGUAUUGCGUUGAAUGUUGAUGUAAUUUUGGACAAUUAAUUACUGAUCCCUCCAUCUUAUA